ACUGACCGUGAGCACCUACAUUCAUUAACUUUAUCUCCGUACUUAUAUUUUUUUUAUGUCAUAAAAGAAAGCAAUCACUUUAUCACUCGUUAGAAAUUUUGGGGAAUAGUAACCAGCGCAUACCUCGCAUUUGAAUUUUUGUAACGAAAAAAUUGCGUCAGUGUGGGGAAAGGACAAUGUCGAGCACAUCACAGAAACACAAGAAUUUCGUGGCUGAACCCAUGGGGGACAAGCCGGUAACGGAAUUAGCUGGAGUUGGCCAGACCAUGGGAAAGAAGUUGGAGGCUGCAGGAUUCGAUAAGGCGUAUGUGGUUCUCGGCCAGUACUUAGUCCUCAAGAAGAAUCGAGAAUUAUUUCUAGAAUGGAUGAAAGACGUUUGUAAUGGCAAUACCAAGUACGCCAGCGACUGCUACCAAUGUCUCAGCGAUUGGUGUGACGAGUUUCUAUAAGUGUCUAAUAUUUAUAUAGUUGUGGAUGAAAGAAAAUUUAUUGCAAUUAAUGUCUAGCAAUUUCAACGAUAAUUAUUUUUCAAGAGAUGAAGGACAAAGAAAAAAAAUUGAACGAUCUUUUAGAACAAUAUUUUAUACUUGUAGAUUCAUGAAAUAUGUGUUUUUAUCACCAUCGACGUGGAUUGAGUUAGCUGAUGGGAAAAGACAAUAGCUGAUACAGUAAAGGGUCGGCAAAUCCAGUUGAACGAAUAUAUGUCGAGACAAAAAAAAAAAACAAAAAUAACAGAUAAGGGUAUCAGUGUAGUACAUCCAUUGUCCAUAGUUCAGUUAGCUGUAAUAUUUUUAUGAUUCAAGUGAAUAAUCUGUCGGAGCUUUAAUUUCAUUUUUUGUAGUUUUGAAAAUACACUGAACUUGUCAAGAAUAUGUCCACUCAAUUUUCUAAUGUAUUUUUUUACUUAUAAAGAUAACGAAUUCUAUGAAUAAAAGAACAGAAUCAA